UCCACUUCUGAUAUUGCCGGUCAUCCCAGCCAUCCAGAACACAAAUCCUGCGCAGAACAGUGCGCUGAGCACUUCGUCAAAAUGGUCGUUGAUCAUCCCGAUUACUCGAGUUACCAGCAAAAGGACGAGUCGCUAAAAUGCAUUCAGCAGUGCCGUGCAAUGAAAAUGUCAAGAAAAUCUGAAUGA